CUUAUUAAAGAUAAUGUGUGUGUCAAAAUUUCUUUGCCUCAGGUGUUGGUUCCCACUGCUUUUAAGGUGUUUUCAUAGCUCUGUGGUGGGCAGUUAUCUUAGGCAGCAUAUUGUUUGGCUGUCUAUGUGUAAGAACGUAAGUCAGUUAGUGGGGGUUGUCAGUUAUGCAAACAAGGGAGAACCAAUUCUAACUCAUGCAAGUGUCUUCUUGAGUCUACUCAUGAGAGCAGAUGCACGGCUCAUCUCUUUGUGGGCUAAGUAGGACCCCUUUCAUGGACCUACAUGGAACCAUUACAUCUUGGUGGUGGUGGUGGAUAGGUUUUCCUGUUUUAGCUGGUUAAUUCCCAGUCACAGGGUCACCUGUGACCAAUCUGUACAGCAUCUUAUCAAAAUCUUUGCCGUCUUUGGACCACUGAGCACCCUAGUAAGUGAUAAUGCUCCAGUAUUUAUAUCUGUGGAAUUCUGGACAUUUUGUUUUGUUCACGGAGUUAAGCAUUUUACCACUUCACUACUCCUUACUAACCCUAGUCAUACUUUGCUGAGUGCAUGAACAGGAAUUUGUAGGCAAUGUCGAUAAUAUUUCAUUUUAGGUCCCCAAAAAAUGCUGGGACUUUUCUAUCCCAAGGUUAAAUCUUGCUUUUAAUGCUGCUCAGCGUGAGGCCAUCAAGGUCACUACAUCCUCAUUAAUCCUGGCCUUUCUGAUUAAAUAUCCCUUGAGUAAUAUUUGGAUAACUGAUGAGCAGUUGUCUGAAUGAGUCACCCCCCAAACCAUGCACAAUUGGAAGAGAGCAAGAUGCAAUAUAGAGCUCACACACAGGCAUCAGGCACUGAGAUACAAUUGUGGGGGGUGCCAGUUCAAGGGGAAGAUCAGAGACCAUGUGUUUGUGUUUAGGUUUAAUGUUGGAGCCAAGGCUGGAGCAACUGGCUCACCAUUAUAUAGGCCCAUGCAAAAUUUUAAGAGGAGGAGAUUAGUGCUUAAUGUCCCGUCGACAACAAGGUCAUAAGAGAUGGAGUAGAAGCUCGGAUUACGGAGGGACAGAGAAGGAAAUCAGCCAUGCCCUUUCAAAGAAACCAUCCCAGCAUUUGCCUGAAGUGAUUUAGGGAAAUCACGGAAAACCUAAAUCAGGAUGGCCAGAUGCGGGUUUGAGCCAUCGUCCUCCUGAAUGCUAUGGCAAGAAAGUUGAAGGAUGAAGAGAUACUGUAGUCAUUCCUGGAGGACUUUCCAUCUGAUGUUGAUAUGCCUGAUGAGGAAAGUAGUGAUUCUGAUACAGAACAAGUAUUAGAAAAAUUCAAACUCAACAAUGUACAAGUGCAAAGAACAAAAAGAUAUAUCACACCAUCCACCAGUCGACAAGAGAAUAUUACCACUUGUUCUCAAGAAGCUGAAGAAACACAUUUUGAAGACGGUAGUGAUUUUGAAAAUGACCUGACAGACGACAAAUAAGAAAGCAACAAUGUGCAAGUGCAACAAGUGUGAAAUAACAAAAAGCACGCUAGUAGUAGUAGUAGUAGUAGUAGUAGUAGUAGUAGUAGUACUAGUAGCUGCUAGGUGCAAAGAUAAUACAGACUCUCACUCUGCUGAAAAUGAAUGAAAUACCAAAAUUGUCAAUCAUAAUUUAAAAGUUUCUCAUAAAUUUAGGAGACAAAACUGUGUAACACUUGUGAAUUCAUAUGUUAUAUAUUCAGAUUUCAGUGGAUGAAUAUCUUUCCUUCAGCUCAAGCAUAUGGUAAUUCAGGGACUUCUGACAGAAGGUAAAACAGUUUUAAAGAAAAGAGGAAAACCAAAGCAAGAAAUGUGUCCCAGCUCUUUACUGAAUAAAAGAAGGAAGAAAUGUUUUUCACCUUCAAAUGAAAUUCAAACCCAAAAUCUUGGAGUUUAUUGGCCAAAUUUUGUUACAAAUUGUUAUAGAUGUGAAAACUGUGGUAUUCGUAAUAUAGAAUCAAGGCCUCAUUCUAAAAAUUCUUAUGUAUUCUUGUGGAUAAUGAACUGAAAUGGAAAAAACAUAUUAAUAAUGUCUGUAAGAAACUGAGCUCUGUCAUAUUCUUAAUGAUGCAGCUAUCACAGUAUUCAGACAAGAACCUUCUGUGUACAGUGUAUCAUGGACUUUUCAAACCAUACUUACAGUAUGGAGUGACUGUGUGGGGAAACUCAAACAAACAAGAGACAAAACGAGUGUUCAGAUUACAAAAAAAAGCAAUUAGGACCAUUUUAAGAAGAAAGACCUCUGAAACAUGCAGAAACUGUUUCAAGAAUUUAGAUAUCUUAACUUUUUCAUCAUUGUAUAUAUACAAAACAAUAAUGUACAUCACAAAAGGUAGUGAGGACUGGAUUACAAAUGCUAGUGUACACACCCACAAUACAAGAAAGAAGAAUGAAGUACGGAGCAUACCCCACCGACUGGCAGGGCUAGAAAAAGGACCCCAAUACUCUGGUAUCAGACUACUAAGAAGUCUGCCCAAAACCCUGCAAGAUAGUGUACUUCACAAUGACUUUCCAAAGAAACUUAAAGACUAUCUCAUUGGAAAAGAGUUUUACAGUGUUGCAGAAUACUUAUGCCAUUAAAUUUGUAUAUAUUGUUACUCAUUAUCAGUGAUGUCAAAAUGUAAGCUAAAGGUGUAGAAAAAUAAGUGAUAAAGAAUAUUAAUACUUUGACAUGUCCUAUAUUACACGUACAUUUACUGUACACAAUGUAAUCUUACAGGAUCAAAUAAAAUUCAAUUCAAUUCAAUUCAAAUGUUCUCAUUGUAAAGUGUUUUUGUGUGCCAAUGAAAGAAAAAACAGUUAAGAGUAUCACUUUUCAAGAAGUAAUGUUUGUUACUGUCUGUACUGUUGUGA